AUGGAAGUCUCACCGGUUCGCGCGGUUGUGAGCACCGCCCUGAUAGUGGUGUCUGCCAUUUUUCCUGUCCUGUCUCUCAUGGCGAUCGUGAUCCGGUAUAUGGCCCGCCAAACAGCCCGAUUAUCAUUGCAGGCCGACGACUGGUGGAUCCUGGCAUCGUGGGCAACUUUCGGUCUCAGCGUUAAUGCCUGGGUCUUCGGUUCCAUCACUGGGAUAGACCACUACAAGAUCGAUCCCGCGUUGGGGGUAUCUAGGUCGCUUCAAUGCCUCCUUGUAUCGAGCCUGAUUUUACAAGUCAGCCUCUCGGUGGUGAAGAUUUCGAUUUUGUUUCUGUAUAUGAGAAUCUUCGCAACGCGCAAGUUCCGAACCGCCGCCUGGAUCGCGAUCUAUGUAAUAGGUGGAUGGGGGAUUAUGUUUUUCUUUCUGGUCCUCUUCGAAGGUGAUCCAAUCAGCGCUGCCUGGACCGGUAUUGGCCGAUUCCGGUAUGACACUGUCGCAAUCGGAGAGUCCCAGGUCGGCACUAGCAUUGCCUUGGACUUUAUUGUUCUCAUGUUUCCCCUUCCUGUUAUAUGGAGGCUUCAUAUGCCUACGCGGAGAAAGAUCGCCGUCGCUCUCAUCUUCUGGCUUGGAGCAUUGCAAGUCCAUCGUCCUGCUUUAUGGCUCGUCAAGAGAACCUACACUGACUGUCUGGAUCAGUUGCUGUGUCGCGGCCAUUGUCCGACUGGUGCUUCUGAGAUCGUCUCUUUCCCAGGUAGCCACCGAUGGCUCCAUGCAACCCAGUCCCGACAGUUCAUUUUCAUGAUCCUCGAGCCGAACUGUUCAAUCAUUGCUGCAUGUCUGCCCUGUUACGGACCGCUGCUUGCACGGGGUAGAGCCCCUGAGUCAUUAAUCCGUAGUGUUCGCUCGGUAUUCACGCUUCGCAGUCGUGAUAACUCAAUAUGGUCAUCAAUGGCAUCGCGCACAAACAACAGCACCGGCCCAAACAAGACGAGCACCCCUCGAGAGAGCGGAUCAGCCGUUGAUUUGGUUGACUAUGGGGCCUCGUGGUCUAAAGGCCGUAAUGAGAGUUACCAAACAGCUCGCUGCAGCUCUAGUCCUGAUAUAGAGGAAAUAAUAGAGCCUUCGUCACAGGGCAUCCAAGUUACCACCAAGGUGGAUGUCUCCAGCAAGCGGUCAUAG